AUGAUAAAAAUGGUGGAAAUCAUCAAAUUAAAUCACUUGAAAUUAUUGAAGAAGAAAACAAAAAGUACUAAAGAGUUAUUAGGAAAUGAUAAAAGUAUUAAUGGAUUGAAUUUUGGUUUUACUGAAAGUGAAUUAUUUAAUGAUGGAGAUGAUAUUGAUUUGGCAUUACAAAAAAUCUAUUUAGUAUUAGGAAAAGUUCAACAACAAGCAAGUAAAUUAGAUAGGUUAAAUGAUGAGAAUUCAAAUUUAAUGAAAAUGAUUGUCAAUGGAGCAAAACAUUUAAAUGAAAUUGAUAUUCUUGUUGAUGUAGAUACAUUUAUGGAAAGAUUAAGAGCUAUAGAAGAAAUUACAGGAACAACAACAAAUGAUCUUAAGAUUUUAAUUUCAACAACAAUAUCAUCUAACAAAAAUACAAUAAAAAAUAAUGAAGCUUCUACACAUACAUUCUUUUGGAUUUGUUUCUUUUUAAUGCAAUUUUGUACUGUUGUAUUGGUCUUAAAUUUAUUGAAGAAGAAAAGAGAUAUGAAUCAAAGAAAAGCAAUUUAA